ACAGAAGAUGUACAAUGUGUUAGGUUAGAAGAUUCAACCCCACCCCACUCACUAUAAUAUUAUUAUUACUCCUAUACAUACACUACUACAAGCACCACCACCUUUUAUUAAGCUGUCAGCCACCCCCAACUUCCAAUUUCAUCAAAAGUCUUCACAUACUUUUACUAUUACAAUCACCUCAUCACAGAUUUCACAUGAUUCAUUUACUUCCAACUGGGAUUUCAGAUCACUAUUUCUCAUUAUUUCUCAUUAUAUCUUUAAUUUAACUAAUUAAUCACCCCCUCUUUCACAGUUUCACAUUCUGUUUGCCUCAUUUUAUACAAAUUUGUUGACAAGUUUGAUUUUUUUUAAUAUUCUAUUUUCCUGGGUUUUUAUAUAUAAACCCUAUAAUACACACCCGUAUUCAAGGCUUUCCUUUUUGUUGUCUAUUUUGACCAGUGCACGACUCUUCCAUCUUUGAUCCCUUCAAGAUUUUAUCUUUUCUCUCAAAAUUCAGUCUUUUUCUUUAAAAAUCUCAUCUUGGUUGAUUCUUUGUGAAGAUGAUCUCUUUGAAGCAAUCACAUAUAGGGAUCAAUGGGUCUGAUUUUUUCCGGCGAAAGAAUCCGGUGAAUCACCGGAGAUUGUGCCAUCUGGCGCCUCUGUCCGGCAAGAGUUGUGUGGUCGCAGCAACAAAACCUAAUCUUUCUUCUGUUGGUAGCUCAAUUAAUUGUUUUGGAUCAAUUAAUAGGAAGCUUCAAGAGGAUCAGAAAGUUUCAUCUUCUUUGAUCACAUGUAAAGCUUAUGAGGCUGAUAAGCCUAUUGAUGGUAAGACAGAAACAUCAAUUGAAGCCGCAAGAAAGGUUAAGAUUGGUAUAUAUUUUGCAACAUGGUGGGCUUUAAAUGUUGUGUUUAAUAUAUAUAACAAGAAGGUGUUGAAUGCUUUUCCCUUUCCAUGGUUAACUUCCACUUUAUCUCUUGCUGCUGGCUCUCUUAUAAUGUUGGUCUCUUGGGCUUUAAGGGUUGUUGAAGCACCAAAGACUGAUAUGGAGUUCUGGAAAACCCUUCUCCCUGUUGCUGUGGCACAUACUAUUGGACAUGUAGCAGCUACUGUGAGUAUGUCAAAGGUUGCUGUUUCUUUCACUCAUAUUAUCAAGAGUGGUGAACCUGCGUUUAGUGUUCUCGUGUCGAGGUUUAUCUUGGGGGAGACAUUUCCGAUGCCGGUUUACUUGUCUCUCCUGCCGAUCAUUGGUGGUUGCGGUCUUGCUGCUUUGACUGAGCUCAACUUUAACAUGAUUGGUUUUAUGGGGGCAAUGAUUUCAAACUUGGCGUUUGUGUUUAGAAACAUAUUUUCAAAGAGGGGCAUGAAGGGGAAGUCUGUCAGCGGGAUGAACUAUUAUGCUUGCUUAUCAAUUUUAUCUCUCUUAAUACUCACACCUUUUGCAAUUGCUGUGGAGGGACCACAGAUGUGGGCACUUGGAUGGAAAGAGGCCAUCUCUCAGAUUGGACCAAACUUUGUCUGGUGGGUGGUGGCCCAGAGUGUAUUUUAUCACUUAUACAAUCAGGUCUCAUAUAUGUCCCUGGAUGAGAUCUCUCCGCUGACAUUUAGCAUCGGAAAUACCAUGAAACGAAUAUCUGUCAUAGUAUCGUCUAUCAUCAUAUUCCGUACUCCUGUCCAACCUGUAAAUGCUCUAGGUGCUGCCAUCGCAGUCUUUGGAACCUUCUUGUAUUCUCAGGCAAAGCAGUGAGCUGAUAUGACAAAUUUCUUGUACAAUAAAUAAGAGAAUGAACGGAGUGUUGGUAGGAUUACUGUUGUGCCUUUGCUGUCUUUCAGUCUCGCUGGGUGGUUCUUCUUUGUAGUUAGUAAUAACGGGUUCUAGAAGAAAAACUAUAGUAUAUACGUGCUGCUGGACAGAUAUUGUUUCUUUCUUUAUCUUUUGCAUCUGGAGAGAACUGAACUUCUUGGGACCAAUAAGUGAAGCCUACAUCCAAUGUAAUCUAAAAUUGUAAUCGAUAUGAUGAGCAAGUUUUGUUCUUUACGUUAAAUUUGCAGACCCUAUAAAUUUAUAUACUGGGAGUGAUUUCCAAUA